AUGUCCAAUCUCCUCUCCGACAGUGGCCCAUCCGAACCUCCGCCGCCUCCACCCCCAGUAGCAGCCCCUCCUGCACGUCGUUCGCCAGAAGUACCGCGCGAAUCAGUCAAACCUUACCUCGCACCUCACCCUGCGCCUGUCUCUGUCCCCGAGUCCUAUCCUGCGCCCACCCCUCCAGCUGCCGCUCCCGUCAUUGAUAACACCAACAUCAAGCGUGAGCGUAACGGGGACAUUCCUCCAGUUGCGCCGCCCGCCUCGACGACCACCUAUCCUACAGGCCCUCCUGGUCUCACCGUCGAAGCUACCGAGGCUGCAUAUGCCGAGAUAGAGGCAGCUGAGAUGAGUGAUGUUGAAGCCCCUGGAUUUGAAGGGCCCAUGGCCGCAUGGACGACAAGAUCCGCCAAGCGCAUGAUCGAAAUAGAACAAAAGGAGCUGGGAAAGCGAAAGAAACGCCGUCAAGCUUCGACAAGAAUGUACCUCGAACUGUUCGACGCAAAUGCAAACCUCGCCAAGGAUCACUUUGUUGCUACACACGAGAAGCAAGCUGAAGAGGAGGUGCGUGUCAAGGACGCCGAGGAGGAGAAGGAGCGCAAGAAGGACAUGCAGCGAAAGCGCAGGCGCGAGAGGACGCUACUCAACGAGACGGCCAAACGCGAUGAAGCCAUAGAGAAGCUCAAAGAUCUCGAGGACGAAGACGAAAAAUCACGACUUCUCAAGGACGUUCAGAAAUAUGGUAAGAAGAUACGGAACACCGAAGACCUCCUACAUGGCCGCCUUCCCAGCAAAGCUCUCCUCGGAGACUCGCCCGGGCCUCCCAACCUAGAAGGAGGCUUUAUGUCGUCUUUCCAAGCUAAUGACGACCUUGCAACAGAUGCGAAAGCGAAGAAAGGCGCCAAAGGAUACCGGCCUCGCAAGAGCAAGGCCCAGAAACAAGCCGAGAAGGACAGCGCCGCUCAAGCACAAGCGCUUAUGGAUCGCGGUGAAGACAUGCCUCCGAUUACACCAAGAGAAGAGUUGCGACUUCGAAGUCUACGCGGCACGUCUAGCGACGGUAUGGAAGGAACGCCCAUGGAGGAUAUUGAACCCGGCGAAAAGACUUACGACCAAAUAUAUCGCGAGACUUGGAAGGACAUUUCGGUCAGCGCUUCGAAGGUCGCUCGCACCAGACUGCAGGCGCUCGAGGUCAAGCAAGGCAACAUGCGUAAGACUGCACAGCUCGCAUCCAAAGAGGCACGUCGCUGGCAACUUCGAACCAACAAGAGCACCAAAGACGUACAGGCUCGCGCAAAGCGUGCCAUGCGUGAGAUGCUGUCCUUCUGGAAGCGCAAUGAGCGAGACGAACGUGACCAGCGCAAGAUGGCUGAGAAGCAAGAGUUGGAGAACGCCAAACGUGCUGAAGCCGAGCGCGAAGCAAACCGACAGAAGAGAAAGUUGAACUUCUUGAUCUCUCAGACCGAACUGUACUCGCAUUUCAUUGGAAAGAAGGUCAAGACUGAUGAAGUUGAGAACUCGACCAACGACGUUUCUGUUUCUGGUCAGACCAUCAGGCCAGGUCCGUCUAGUGCUAAUACAAUCGACCUGCCCGAUAGCCUCGCCAAUCUUAGCACGAAGGUCACGAACUUCGAGGAUCUUGACUUUGAUGCAGAGGACGAGACUGCCUUGCGCCAGGCCGCCAUGGCCAAUGCUCAAAAUGCAGUACAAGAGGCACAAGACAGAGCGCGCGCUUUCAACGAUCCCAAUGGCGAGAACAAAAUGUCACAGUUCGACGAUGGCGAAAUGAACUUCCAGAACCCCACCAGUCUGCAAACUAUGGACGUCUCGCAGCCUAACAUGCUUACGUGCCAACUCAAGGAGUACCAACUCAAGGGUCUCAAUUGGCUGGUCAACUUGUACGAGCAAGGUAUCAACGGUAUCCUGGCCGAUGAAAUGGGUCUUGGAAAGACUGUACAGUCCAUCUCGGUAAUGGCAUAUCUGGCUGAGGUCCACAACAUCUGGGGUCCUUUCCUCGUCAUUGCUCCAGCUUCCACACUUCACAACUGGCAACAGGAGAUUGCCAAAUUCGUUCCAACCCUCAAGGUGUUACCGUACUGGGGCAAUGCAAAGGACCGUAAGGUCUUGCGCAAGUUCUGGGAUCGCAAGCAUAUCACUUACAGCCGAGAGUCGUCUUUCCACGUUUUGGUAACGUCGUACCAGCUUGUGGUGCAGGACACGCCAUACUUUCAGAAGAUUCGCUGGCAGUACAUGAUUCUGGAUGAAGCUCAAGCCAUCAAAUCUUCACAAAGUUCGAGAUGGAAGGCUCUGCUGGGCUUCCACUGUCGCAACCGACUUUUGCUGACCGGUACACCAAUUCAGAACAACAUGCAAGAGUUGUGGGCUUUGCUGCAUUUCAUCAUGCCUAGUUUGUUCGACUCACACGACGAGUUCAGUGAUUGGUUCUCUAAGGACAUCGAAAGCCACGCGCAGAGUAAUACCAAACUCAACGAGGACCAGCUUAAGAGAUUACAUAUGAUUCUCAAGCCCUUCAUGUUGCGUCGUGUCAAGAAGCAUGUGCAGAAGGAACUCGGCGACAAGGUGGAGAAGGACGUAUACUGUGAUCUCACAUACCGCCAGCGAGCUCUGUACGCAAAUCUACGCAACAAGAUCAGUAUCCUGGACCUGAUCGAGAAGGCGGCUGUCGGAGACGAUCAGGACACUGCCACGUUGAUGAACUUGGUCAUGCAGUUCCGUAAAGUCUGUAACCACCCUGAUCUGUUCGAGCGUGCAGACACUACCUCACCACUUGCUGUGUCGUACUGGGCAGAGACCGCAUCCUUCAGUAGAGAAGGCAACUUCGUUAACCUCGCAUACUCGGUACGCAGUCUGAUCGAGUACUGGCUACCGAAACAGCUCGGCUCUGAUGGUGGUCGACUGGAUCUGGCUGGACCCGACAAUUUGCGAGCUGGCUGGCGACACAAGUGGCUGAGGCACAUGCUGAGUAUCUGGGAUCCAGAACAUAUCAAGCAGAACACCAAGAGCGCAGGAGCAUUCUCAUGGUUGCGUUUUGUGGAUCACUCGGCCAGUGAAGUCUCGAAAGCUGCUCGCAGUGGCAUAUUCGAUCGCGCGGUUGAGCUUGAGAGGCAGUCGAAGCAGCGAACAUUCUUCAAGCAAGGCGACUAUCUCGAUUCCAGCGAGCGUUACGUGCCUGCGCACUCCAUGCUUAAUGUUAUUGAGCAUUCCAAGCCAAGCUUGAUCGGAGACGUGUCGGGCGAGGGCUAUCUGAGCAAUCUGAUGAAUGUCUCUCGAUUGGCAGCAGAGCAGACUGGUUACAGUGAUAUCGAACCCUGUUCUCUUCCUACAGCUGCUGCUCCUCCGAUCGAACUCGUCUGCCCUAGCCAACAUUCGAUCGUUGAGAAGGAAACAACGUUCUUCAACUCUCCCAUCAGAAACACGCUGAACCCCAUAACCUUGGAGACUGAACAAGCACUCUUGUCGAGCAAGGUUGCACCAUCUGACUACCCCAUCACAAACCUGUUGCCUGAGCCAAUCAACAAGAGGCAGGGCUACACAACAAUUGAAGUCCCGAGUAUGCGCCGCUUUGUCACUGACUCUGGCAAGUUAGCUCAACUGGACAAGCUUCUCAGAGAGCUCAAGGAGGGUGGCCACCGUGUGUUGCUCUACUUCCAGAUGACUCGCAUGAUCGACUUGAUGGAAGAAUAUCUCACGUACCGCAACUACAAGUACUGCCGUCUGGAUGGUUCGACAAAGCUCGAGGACCGUAGAGACACUGUAGCAGCUUUCCAGUCGACUCCCGAGAUCUUUGUCUUCCUACUCAGUACUCGCGCUGGCGGUCUUGGUAUCAACCUUACUUCUGCCGACACUGUCAUCUUCUACGACAGUGAUUGGAACCCCACCAUCGAUUCCCAGGCCAUGGAUCGUGCGCAUCGUCUCGGUCAGACAAGACAGGUCACGGUCUAUCGUCUCAUCACACGUGGUACUAUCGAGGAGCGCAUUCGCAAGCGUGCUCUACAGAAGGAGGAAGUCCAACGCGUGGUCAUUACUGGUGGUGCCGGUGCUACAAAUGGUGACAAGGGAGUCGACUUCAACGGACGUACGACGAGAGAGAACCGCACGAAGGACAUUGCUUUGUGGUUGGCCGAUGAUGAUCAAGCCGCCGAAAUUGAGCGCAAAGAAGCUGAAUUUGCCGAGCAAGAGGCCAAAGAACCGAACAAGGCAAAGAAGAGGAAGGCUCCUACGAAGAAGAAGGAGAUCAGCAUGGAUGACAUGUACCAUGAAGGUGAAGGAAGAUUCGACGACGACCACAGCAACAAACCUUCUGGUGCAGCGACACCAGUACCUGGCGUUGUUGAAGGUCCGCCUUCGAAGAAAAAGAAGACUACUGGCAAAAAAGCAAAGACUCUCAAGCAGCGUCUUGCGAUAGCCGACGGCGAUGUGGACGGCGGUAUGGCUUCAUAA